AUGAACAACAUGGACUCUGAACCGGAACAUGGCCUUUUGGAGACUCUGAAUACGAUGCGAGGGUUCUCGGAUGUCAUGGAAGGAGAGCUGGAGAAUCUCGCCCGCGUCAUGUCAAACCCUUCACCUCAAACUUGCGCGAAGUUCUGCGAACUCUUCCUCCUAGAUGCAGAUCAAAGGUUGAAAUUUCAGCGCCCAGACGAGGAACUCCAGAUCCCCUUCACAAAGCUGCGCCUUCAAUCUUAUCAUUUAUGGGAUGCAUACUUCAUGCUGAUCUCAAAGUUGCGAGGCCUGAAUGGAGGUAUCCUAGCCUAUCAGUACCCAUCUGAUUCCACCACGUACAAGCAGGUCUGUCUGGCUGUAUGCUUUAUUCGAGCUCUUUUGGCAUAUAGCAAGGCGGAUUGCAAGCAAAGUGUAGACGAAUGGGUGAAACUGCUCGAGAGGUGCUCACCCGACCCAACAUAUUACCAGCCCUUGCUCAUCCAUCACUUCUACCGAGAGAAUCUCCGGCCGCCACCGGAGUUCAAAGGUAAGUUGGAAAUCAAACCCAAUUUCCGGAAAACCACUCCUCGAGGCGAGCAAAGUGUUUUUGACGCCGACUGGUCUGUCAUGCUUCCAAGCAGCAGCAACCCAGAAAGACAACCUGAAAGAUACACCGUUCUCGUGGGGCAAGAAGCCGGGUACUUGAAAAGAUACAGAAAAUUUAUGAGCAAUCGGUUGGAUGACUUCGGAUACAAUUACAGGAAGCCCAAGCUCAAGGGACAAAUCCCAAUCAACCCUUCUGAUGGAGACCGCUACUCAUACGGUGCGUUUGUUGGGCUGCAUAUGGUUGAUCAGUUCGAUCAAGUUCCAGACAAUAGCCCGAUCUUCAAGGUUAUCGAAGAGAACCGUCAUAUAAUGGAAACACAUGUCGACACCUGGGCUAUAUCGGAAAAGCCAAUGAGCAACGGCCUGGCUGGACUCCGCAGCUUCUUCAACUGCAUCCAGAGGGACGAGUGGACCGACCCACUCUACCCUGACCGCUACAAGCAUUCCUCGACUCUGAGAGAAUCAGAGGUGGUUUAUCAAAAGGCCAUAGACCCGAGAAUGGCUGCUACUUCGAAGGACUUGGAGAUUGCUAGGGACCACUUCAAAAACAAGAUGUUCAUGUACCUCGUUUGUCGGAGAACAUUAAAUUCUCAAUGGUUUGAUCGAUCCAUCAGUGUCUUUGACAAGGCUCGAGCGGACAUCAAGACAGCAUCCGGCGGCCCCUUCAACGUCAACCAAGUGGUGCGAUGCCUGAAGACAUUCAAGCAAUUGACAAACUGCCAAAUUGUGUCCACAUUCCCAGGGGCCGCUGGGCAUCUCCUCGACGACAGAGUCGACGUGAGGUCCGAGGCGAUAGAAGCACAACUCCGCAGGGGCGGAUCCCGGUGCUCUUCUCUGCAGUUUUUCACCCUGCCGCAGGACAAAUUUGACGAGCUCACAGCAGACAGUGCGAAGCUGGCCAAGAUUUUGAAGUCCAUCGAGAUGAUGGUGGGUACGGCAGGCGAGCAGAGGAUGGUCAUAACCUGCCUGCACCUAUUCGAAGCCGCACUCAUCCUCGCCGGGAUACAAAAACACUUCAGUGCAACCAACCUCAGGACCGUUUACCUGCCAAGCCAUCCAACGGCUGAUGAGAGGCGGCAAUUUUCCUUGCAUUGGUCCACUGAAAAUAAGGCCUCGACAAGAAUCGUCAUUGUUUUGGAAGACUUUGACGCCUUUGGCCUUGGGCUGGAUCGUGCAAACUGGCAGAUUCUGACGGGCCCCGUGCGAACAAAGGAACAAGAAGCCAGGAUCUUCAGCCUAACUAACUCGGCACAGCAGCAAAGAAGCUUGCACCAUCUCUUGCUUUUAACAGAAGACAAUCCUGCUGACCGGCUGAUACUCAGCAGGCAAGCCAAACUAAUCGUCACCAGUGACCCCUUUGACAUGAACAGCCCACUUUCGUUGCGAGAGCCGGCCACAGAAACUGAUAUUGAGCCCAAUUCCGUGGAUCGAGCAAAAUAA